AUGGGAGUUAAACAGUCCAAGCUUGUGAUUAACGGAGCAAAGAAGGAGACAGUGAGUGCUAUAUUUGUCUCGUAAUACCUUUUACCACCCUUUUAGUACUUUUGUGACCACCUUUUGUAUUUGUUUGGUUUCUUACGAGACUCGGGGCAUAAACCAUACCCUACGUCAGGCUUAACUGAUUACGGAGUACAGUUUUGCAUAAACUCGGAGCUUCCCAGAGCAGACUUGAUGGUCGAAUUCUGACGACCAACUAGAGUGCCCUCAGGGCAGAGUUUUUUCCGCCAAAUUCUCUGGGAAUGAUAAGCGCUUUGCAGUCAUUAACACAGCUACUGAUCUCGUUCGUUCCGCCUUUUGAAUCUCGUGCUCCUGCUGUCGGGAGGAUUGCGCUGCUUCUUUUGAUUGCAGGAUCGGUAUCGGCUCACAGACAGGGUUGACAGUGAAGCUAGACUUUCACGCACAAACGCCACGUGCUGUAGAACAGGCAGUUGGUUUGGUACUGCCCAGUCCCCAUGCUGGUGAAUGUUGAGGGAAUCGUAGACGUUGGUUACACGCCAACUGAUUCUCCCCCCGGAGCGCAUAUAAGCCGAUCCGGUUUUAUGAUAGCAGAGUGCAUUAUUCAACAGUAAAGGAUGAUGAAAAUAAUAGGUGGAUGGUGGUUUUAGGUAGAUUUCAUUCGCCUAAUCACCACUGAGAAUCCGUCCAUUACUGUAUAUGCGUUUUGUUAAUGAACGCACUAAUUUCACCUGCGCUAUGAGUCCUCCCAGUCGUAAAUCAUUCUAAUCUUUUAUCUCCAGGGCGAGAUAUGUUAACUGUAAAACCCCACUCAGCCAUACAUUGUAGCCAGGUGCACACAGCCUCCAAAGGCGAGCUCGAUACGCCAACUUUUUGCUAUUAGGGUGGUCUGUCUUUUAAGUAGAUGUUUUCGUCUCUACCUCCCUAGGCUGCCACACACGACGAAACUCCUGGGACCUGCAAGGAGGUACGUGUUGUCAAUUUUCCCUUUUUAUGAUAUCUGGGAACUGUACAACACUCGACUCGUGACUCUCAUCUGUACGCACAGGUUUUCUGAGGUGCACAGGCUCCCUCUGAUAUAAUAAGUUCUUCGUCUUCGAUGCUGGCGGGGCGAAUUCGUUUGUGUUUGUCGUGCGGAAACAACAGUUUGGUGGUGAUCGGGGAGCGAAGGGUGAAACGCCUGUCUUCAGAGGUCAUUAUCGUUCUUUGCCUGUCCUUGCCGUGCGUGUGAGGUACAUGCGGCGCGCUUCCACUUCAUUAUGAUUAAUGUCACGCGCAUUGAACGUAGUGGGCGAACGAAGAAUCGCAGUUCGAGCUGCAUGAUUUAGCUCAGGGCUUCCGGUCGAUAGUGGUAUAGUGGCUGAAGUCCUGAGUGAGACCCAGCACUAGCACAGGCCGUUUCCUUGUCACUGGCAAGGUGUGUGCAACCCCAUGGAAUUUGAUGAAUACACCCGACCAAGGUUAAGUGGCCUCGGCGCAUUUAUCGUCUAGUUUUUCUGGUUUUGAAAUGUAACGCCUCACUGUUCAUGUUGUAUUGAAGGUCCCGGGCUUUCCUGUAAGAGUGUCUGAACCCUUACAGUUUGUGAAGGCGUACAACACAAUCGAAGAGGAGUCGAUAUUGAUUUCCAAUUUCUCCAACUUUUGGAUUUAAUGGUGUAUUUACAAGACACGUCGGAUGGGCUGUGACCGAGUUCAUUUCCUGUAUCUCGUCUGUUCUGCACUCAGAACUCGUUCAGUUGGGAAGUCACGCACAAGGGGACGGUUGGUGAAGAGGCUGUUUGUGUGACACAACGUCAUAGAAGUGUUGGCUCUCUCGUGGUGCUCGUUCGUACAUACUGCUGAUGUUGGCGGUUUCCAAUGUACCGAUAAUCUGCAACUGCUCAUUGCUUUGUGGUCCGUUUAUUCACUGACUUCUUACUUCCCCUUCUAGUUGAAUGAAAAUGGCACCAUUGAGGCUGUUGCUGGCGAUGCAACCCAGCAUCAGGAGACCGCUAACUGCGAGGGCGAUGCCGCCGCCGCAGCACCAGCCGACCAGUCCGCUGCCGUGAACGGCGAAGAAGCCAAGGUGAGCCUCGCCUCCCACGCUAACUCCAUCUCUCUAGGCACACAAAAAGAAGAAUCCGAUUAAUUGGAUUCAGAAGAAGAUUUCUAUCAAGAAGCCCCGCGUCUGCAGUAAGACGGAGGCAGCUGGACCUGAAAAGGAGGAGAAGACCGAAACUCCAGCUGCGGAAGGCGAAGGGGCUAAAGUUGCUGACCCUCCGGUCCCUCCAGUCGAGCAAGCACCAGCUCCUGAAACCCACGAGGCUGAGUUGCAGCAGCCACCAGCAGAGGAAACCGCGACAGAGUCCAAGGUACGCAUCACAAUGCCAUCCCGCUGUGUUUAGAUGUUGUGACUCACCACAAAAAGCGUUUGCUCUCACUCACCCGAGCCAAGCCGUCCAUCCAUGUCUUUUUCUUGUCUGCUGCUCCCGUCACCUUUUUCGUUGUUUUCGUAGUCGGUGUGCAAUUUUAUCUCAUCUGCUCAUAUGGCACUCCUUCGUGAGUAUUUGCUCACCGUCUUAAGUGUGUCCGAUCGCUUGCACGCUGCCCACUCACAGUCCCGGCCCACUGUUGUGUGCAGCAGCAGCUAUGUUGGUAAUGGCGUCCUGAAAGCCUAGUCCCCCUCAUCUAUAUACCCAUGUGUGUCUGUCUGCAGUGGAUCAACGCUCCCUCGGCCGACGCCUGCGCGGAGAUUUCAACCCAGGCAGAACCGGUCGUCACCAAGGAUCAGGCCGCCGGAUUUGGGGGCGACUCCAAUGACUGUGGACAGAUAGUGGAAAUCACCCCCACCGUCAACGGCCAUCACCAUCUGAUGGGCGAUGAACAUCUUGAACUUGCUGAACCGGCCUGUCAACCAUUCGAGGAGGUAUGAUAUCUUAACCUAGGGUGGUGGCCAUGAUGACGCCAUGAUUACACACAGGGUUGGGAUAUUCAGCAAGGUUCACUAGGGCGGGGGGGAUGAGUGGGAUCCUUUCGUCCGUGUGUGGUUAGACGGGACUUUUGAGACCAGACGAAGCCUGACUUUGCGGCCUUGCCGUCAUCAUUAUCAUCCUUAGCAUCUUCCAUUCGCUCACGCACAACUUCCCGCUCACAUGGGCUCAACCUUUGUGCGAGCGAUGUUUGAGAGAGAACUCAAACCACCACAUGGCUCCUUUUAAUUGGUGAUCCGAUGAGGGAACUCCACACAGUCCUUGCUUUAGGCUCACACCUGAGGUGCAGAGCGUCUAUUUCGUAGGCCCAAGUUGCCUACUUUUGCAGUAAGCCUUUCUUACCCUGUUCUCUUUUUUGUUAGCCAACCGAGCCUGCAGCCGAUGACCUGCCAGUCGACUCUGGUCUUUCCGAAAAGCUCGCCAGUCUGGGCAUAGACGGUCUGCCUGAGCAGGGUCUGACCAACGGCCAUGACGCCACUGCCGCCGCCAACGGUCAUUGUGUACUGACUGCAGACGAGGAAACGACGGAGAACUAG